CAAGCCCUGUGAUGCUGGGCGCGCCUUUACGGCCGCCCGUCCUGGCGUCACCUUCAGCGCGAGCUGCGCCGCUCAUGGCGCGGAUGCCGCGCCUCGCGCACUUGGCGCGCGCUUUGGCGCCCGCGGCGGCGCUGCUGCCGCUGCUGCCGAGACCCGAGCGCCGGCCGAAAGUGGGACCUGGACCCAGGCCUGCGGGAGCUGCUCGCAGUUUGGCGGUGAGGUGUCAGGGGUCGGAGCUGAGACCGCUCUACCCGGAGAUUGAGGCUAGAAAAACGGGGAGCAUGAAGACCAGGGACGGCAAGCACGAGAUCUACUACGAGGUCUCUGGGAACCCCAAAGGCAAGCCGGCGGUCUUCCUGCAUGGGGGCCCGGGGGAUGGGUGCAGCCCAAAGCAUCGGCGCCUCUUCGACCCUGAGGCCUACUGCGUGAUCCUCUUCGACCAGCGGGGCGCCGGGCAGUCGCAGCCCGCGGGGUCGCUGGAGGAGAACACCACGGAGAAGCUCCUCGAGGACAUGGAGCAGCUGCGGGAACUGUUGGGCCUGGAGAGCUGGAUGCUGGUGGGGGGCUCCUGGGGCUCCGCGCUGGCGCUGAGCUAUGCCACCCGCUUCCCCGAGCGCGUCCAGGGCAUGGUGCUGUACUCCGUGUUCGUGCCCAGCCAGGAGGCCAUCGAGUUCCCCUACAGCGCCGAGGGCGCGGGGCUCUUCUUCCCUGAGGCUUAUGAGGCCCUGCUCAGGGCCGUGCCCGUGGAGGAGCGGAAGGACGUGAUCGCGGCCCUGGCCAAGCGCGUGACGUCCCCGGACCCCGCGGUGAAGCUUCCGGCGGUCAGCGCCUACGUCUCGUGGAUCCUCCGGCUGCUGACGCUGACCCCGGACGAGGCCCUCAUCGCGGAGGCGGCCUCCAAGCCGGAGGAGGCGGGGCCUGGGCCGGGCAUCGAGAUGCACUACAUGGUCAACAGAUGCUUCCUGGACGUGGAUCGGCUGCUGGGGGACUUGCACCGCAUCAGCCAUUUGCCUGUGAAGAUUCUGCACGGCCGCAACGACCUCAUUUGCCCGCCGAGCAACGCCUGGCGCUUGCGCCAGCACUUGCCCCUGGCGCAACUGACCUUCGUUCCGCUGGCCGGGCAUUCCUCCUCCUUCGCUCCCGCGCUGAAGUCAGCGAUCAUCGAGGCGAUCGAUUCCUUCCGCUGACGGCGCCUGCCGCCCAUCGCGCGGAGCCG